UCUGUGGAAACCUUGACCAUGGCCUCGGUAUCAGAGCCUGUAACAUUCCGAGAAUUCUGCCCUUUGUACUAUCUCCUCAAUGCCAUUCCCACAAAGAUCCAGAGAGGCUUUCGUUCUAUUGUGGUCUACCUCACAGCCCUGGAUACCAACGGGGACUACAUUGCUGUGGGCAGCAGCAUUGGCAUGCUCUACCUGUACUGCCGACACCUCAACCAGAUGAAGAAGUACAACUUUGAAGGGAAGACAGAGUCCAUCACUGUGGUGAAGCUGCUGAGCUGCUUUGAUGACCUUGUUGCAGCAGGCACUGCCUCCGGGAGGGUUGCAGUCUUCCAGCUCGUGUCUUCACUGCCAGGGAGGAACAAGCAGCUUCGGAGAUUUGAUGUUAGUGGUGUCCACAAAACCAGCAUUACAGCUCUGGCUUGGAGCCCCAAUGGGAUGAAGCUGUUCUCUGGAGAUGACAAAGGGAAGAUCGUCUACUCCUCUCUAGAUCUAGACCAGGGUAUCUGCAACUCACACCUUGUGUUGGAAGAGCCGUCCUCCAUUGUGCAGCUGGACUACAGCCAGAAAGUGCUGCUUGUGUCCACUUUGCAGAGAAGCCUGCUCUUUUACACAGAGGAGAAGGCUGUCAAGCAGAUUGGAUCCCAACCAAGGAAAAGUACUGGGAAAUUUGGUGCUUGUUUUAUACCAGGACUGUGUAAGCAAAGCGAUCUAACUCUGUAUGCAGCCCGGCCUGGGCUCCGGCUGUGGAAGGCUGACGUCCAUGGGACUGUUCAAGCCACAUUUAUCCUCAAGGAUGUCUUUGCUGGAGGAGUCACACCUUUUGAGCUCUACCCUCGUCUGGAGCCCUCUGAUGGGGGAAGCUGUAGCUCGCCUGAGAAACACCUGGGGCUUGUUUCCUGCUUCUUCCGAGAAGGCUGGGUGUUGAGCUGGAAUGAGUACAGUAUCUAUCUUCUGGACACCGUCAAUCAGGCCACAGUUGCUGGUUUGGAAGGACUGGGUGAUAUUGUGUCUGUUUCCUGCACAGAAAAUGAAAUAUUUUUCCUAAAGGGAGAUAGGAACAUUAUAAGGAUUUCAAGCAGACCUGAAGGACGCGCAUCCAUAGUGAGAGACGGUCCAGAGAUGACAAGAUGUUCUGAGCAGGUCCAUGGACAGCAUCUGGAGAAGUCACUGGGGGCCACUGUUUGUGAGACAAGGCUUCGAGGCUCUUCUGUGGCCAGUUCUGCAGCCAGUGAGCAGAGGAGCAGGAGCAGUUCACUCAACUCCACAGACAGUGGCUCUGCACUGCUGGUGCCUGGAUCUCAGGCUGCCCCUGAGCUGGGCCAGAGUGGUCAGCCAUCCUCACAGAGAUUCAGUGUCAUCAGCUCUGAAGACUUUGACCAGGAGCUUAUUGUGAAACCUAUCAAAGUGAAGAAGAAGAGGAGGAAGAGAAAGACAGAAGGAGGAAGCAAGAGUACCUGCCACAGUUCCCUGGAGUCUACUCCCUGCUCUGAGCUCCCUGCCGACAGCCCCCAGUCCUUGACCUCAAGUGUUCUGGGCAGCAGUGUGGAUCAGUUGAGCACAGAGUCUCCAGACCAGGAGGGCAACCCCAGUGCUGAGGUGAAUGGGAUCCUACAGGAGAACAAUGGCUCGGAAGCAUUCCAUGUCCUGGAGGUACCUGGACCUGCCCCUCACCCAGUGGACAUAGACCUGCUCAGUGGAGUGUUGACUUUAUCCUUGCAGCCAGAGGAGGAUGUGGGAGGUGCUGACAUCAUCUCAGGGCUUGAAGAGGAGCUUGGUCCUGCUGAUGAUGCAGCAGUGCAUACAGAGGUAUGCCUGCGGGAACAGAACAGCUCUACUGAGGAGCAGGAGGUGGACACCAUGGAGUUGAGUGAUGCCCAGAGCACUUUUUCUGAAGCCCCUCUUCUGGACUCAAGCAUGCUGCCUUCCAGCCUCAGCUGGCCCCCAGGUGCUGAGCAGUGGCUACCUGGGAUUGAAGGUUAUGAGGUCAGCACUGGGGAGGCCAGCCCUGAAGCAGACAUCCUGACCCAGGUGGAGGUCCCUAGCCACCUGAGCUCAAAUCCUUGGCAUUUACUAACUGAUAGUGACACAGGUCAAAAGGAAGCACCCACUUCUGAAUGUCACAUGGGAAAUGUGGAAGGACAGGUGGCUCCUCUUACCUCUGCCUCGGUGGCCAACACCCAUGCCCAUUGGCUGGACCAACCUUGCCAGGAUCAGGCAGUGACAUCCAGUGAUGAGGAAGACAUUUAUGCCCAUGGACUCCCAUCUUCAUCCUCGGAGACAAGUGUCACAGAGCUUGGAGCUGGUCGCUCUCUGCAGGAGCUGAGCCAGCCAGGUGCUGAGGAAACCACACUGCUCAAGGCAGAUCAGUUUGCAGAGAGCUGGAUGGGCUACUCGGGUCCUGGCUAUGGCAUCCUCAGCUUGGCGGUCUCGGAAAAGUUUAUCUGGUGCCUGGACUACAAAGGUGGCCUGUUCUGCAGUGCCCUGCCUGGUGCAGGGCUGCGCUGGCAGAGGUUUGAAGAUGCUGUCCAGCAGAUGGCAGUCUCUCCCUCAGGGGCUCUUCUCUGGAAGAUUGAACAGAAAUCUAACCGUGCGUUUGCUUGUGGCAAAGUCACCAUCAAAGGGAAGCGGCACUGGUACGAGGCUCUGCCCCAGGCUGUGUUUGUGGCCCUGAGUGAUGACACAGCCUGGAUCAUCAGGACCAACGGAGAUCUGUACCUUCAGACAGGUCUCAGCGUGGAUCGGCCCUGCGCCCGAGCCGUGAAGGUCGAUUGUCCCUACCCCCUGUCCCAGAUUGCAGCCCGGAACAGUGUGGUGUGGGCACUGACAGAGCAGAGGGCCCUCCUGUAUCGGGAGGGCGUGAGCAGUUUCUGUCCUGAAGGGGAACAGUGGAAGUGUGAUAUUGUCAGUGAAAGGCAAACUCUGGAGCCUGUCUGCAUAACUCUUGGAGAUCAGCACACACUCUGGGCCCUGGACAUUCAUGGGAAGCUGUGGUUCAGAACUGGCGUGAUUCCCAAGAAGCCCCAAGGAGAUGAUGAUCAUUGGUGGCAGGUGAGCAUCACAGACUAUGUGGUGUUUGACCAGUGCAGCUUGUUCCAGACCAUUAUGCAUGCCACACAUUCAGUAGCGACAGCAGCCCAAGCCCCUGUGGAAAAGGUCGCAGAUAAACUGCGCAUGGCGUUUUGGUCUCAGCAGCUUCAGUGCCAGCCCAGCCUACUAGGGGUUAACAAAACUGGUGUGUGGAUCUCCUCAGGGAAGAAUGAAUUCCAUGUUGCUAAAGGAAGUCUCAUAGGAACUUACUGGAAUAACGUUGUUCCCCGGGGAACAGCUUCUGCCACAAAAUGGGCCUUUGUGUUGGCUUCUCCUGCUCCCACCCAGGAUGGAAGCUCCUUAUGGCUAUGCCAGAGCAGCAAGGACCUGUGUAUCAUCAGUGCCCAGAAUGUACAGUGCCGCCCCUCCACAGUGCAGCUGCCCCCCGAUGCAGAAAUGAGGACUUAUGGUGCCUGCCAGGAUGCGCUAUGGGCCUUGGACAGCCUUGGACAGGUGUUCAUCAGGACACUUUCCAAGAGCUGCCCCACAGGCAUGCAUUGGACGAAACUGGACCUUUCCCAGCUAGGAACUGUGAGACUGACCAGCUUGGCAUGUGGAAAUCAGCAUAUCUGGGCCUGUGACUCGAGGGGUGGGGUUUACUUCCGUGUUGGGACCCAGCCUCUGAAUCCCAGCCUGAUGCUUCCAGCCUGGAUCAUGAUUGAGCCACCUGUCCAACUUGCUGGGGUCACUUUGGUCAGCGUCCAUUCUAGCCCCAAUGACCAGAUGCUGUGGGCCCUGGAUAGCAGAUGGAAUGUGCACGUUCGAACUGGAAUCACCGAGGAGAUGCCCGUGGGGACAGACUGGGAGCAUGUGCCAGGAUUGCAGGCCUGCCAGCUGGCACUGAGCACCAGAACUGUGUGGGCCCGCUGUCCAAAUGGUGACCUUGCCCGCCGCUAUGGCAUCACAGACAAAAAUCCUGCUGGGGACUACUGGAAGAAAAUUCCGGGAAGUGUAUCCUGUUUCACAGUGACCUCAUCAGACGAGCUGUGGGCAGUGGGCUCCUCUGGCUGUCUCCUUCGGCGACUGACAAAGACGUUCAGCCAUUCACACAACACUCAGAACAGCCAGGCAGCCACCUCACACCCCGAGGAGCUGGAGGAUGAGUGGGAGGUCAUCUGAAGCAGCCCAGGCAGCCAGAGAUGGAGGAAGCCGGGUUCUGUGAUGGAGGCCGCCAUCUCCCGGUGGCUCCUGUACGGACAUGCCUCAUCCAUGAGGCUGGACAGCUCACACUUGCUUUCAUCUGUAUUUGUUUUGGUCUCAUUACAGAACUCACAGCCUUAGCCAUGUGCUGGGAGCUGUCGCUGUAGGCGCAGCACCUUUGACAUCUUGCCAAGGUCACCUCCAAGUGGGAACAGAGGCUGCUGCUCAGUUGCAUGCACUAGUUCCCUGUGCACCACAGUAAAUUCUUAUCAGCAACUAUGGGUCCUGGUGUGUGAGCCAAGGGGGUCACCGCCAGAGGCAGGUGACUCAAAGCCAGGAAGAGUUGUGCACAUGUCCAUUCCAGAACCCCAGACCAGAUGGCCUGCAGGUCAGAGCCUGCAGUCACUGGGUGUGUUUGGUGAUAGUGUCGACUUUACCACAGGGGUCCCACAUUUUUCUCCUAGAGAUACAGGCCACAGUGCACAUCCCACACCGGACAUUCCAGGUGGGAAAGUACCCAUGCAGGAUGGGGGCGGGGCUGUGCAGGGUAAACAUGCACACACCCCAGCCUCGUCAUGUUGCCCACACUCAGGGUAGCUGCCCACCUCAGCCAACACAACAGCCAAUGGGUGCAGACAGAACACAGAUGCCCACGUUGCCCAGCACAGGGGUGCUGAGCUAACCUAGAAACAUCUUUGGAAUGACAUUUGACUAGUAUGCUGGUAGGCAUCCUAAAGCCAGGCUCUUCCUCAGAAGAUGGAUCUAGUAGUUGCCUUUUUGUUUGUUAUGUUACAAACCUGAAUAAGAUACCUCACUUAAAAUCAAGUCUCACCAAUUUAGAAGAUAAAUUUAUCUUCUGAAAACAGUGAAGGUCUUUUGUUCCUUCAUGAGGUUUACCCUAAGCCGCCUUGUCUUGGCUAUAGCUUUGUAGAGGUGGUCGCUCCCUACCAUGUCCUCAGCACGAGCAGCCAGUGUCUGCAGUGGGUACAGCACUGACUCCCCAGGAGCCGGGGGACACGGUGCCUCUGCUUACAGUGCUGUGUCCCAUCACAGUGGUUGGGACAAAGCAUCUGAGCUUCAAGGGCAGACCACCCACCGCGCCUCCUUCCCUGAGCCUGCUGUCCACCCUGCCAACCAGGUCCCUGUCACUGCUCCAGACUGGCUGCUUUUUUUUUUUUUUUUUUUUUGUCCACCUGGUCCAAGCAGUUACUUGGUGUCUGUUUUCUACCCAGCAUGUGUCAGGGCCCCAGCAGUGAUGAUGCAGACAGAGGCUUCCAGGUCUCAGCAGUGAUGAGCUGCUGGGAGCCUUGACUUACUUCAUUUUAUAGACUCCUUUGUAAGAGUUCAGUGACAGCAGAGGCAGCCCUGAGUGGGCUGAUCCUCUUCUGUGAAUGGUGUGCCUUGCCUGGCUCCUCCUAAUGGCAGCACUCCCUAAGCCCAUGGGACAGCAGUGCAAUUAAACCCGAGUUAAGUGGACACUUGUAGACUAGUUUUAGCUUCAGUGCUUUGGACGGUUUUCUCUUUGGUUUUAAAUUUUAGUUGUGCUUUGAGAUCAUGCAAAAUAUUACUUUUUUCAACUGUUGAGUCAGAUGAGUGAGCUGGGAGGCCUGCAGGAAGCCCAGCAUGCUGCAGCAAAGCACCACUGCCUGGGUAGUUUGAAGCAGCUUGUGCAGCCGGUACAGUGGGCACUGCCAUUCCGGCAGGCCUAGGAAGAACGCCCCAAAGAAGGCAGAAUGAAGGGCAGUCCCAAGACAUUCUCUUUUGUUAUUUUGAGUCAGUCUUAUAUAGCCCAGGUUGGCCUCCAGUUCACCAUGUA